AUGCUGAUUAAAGUAGACCAGGGCCCGCGCGAGGUCAUCUUUAAGCCCUGUCUGCCAUCGUGUAUCAGUGCGAUCGAGUCCUCCUACACCAUUGCUCGCGAGCUGGCCGACAGCGUGGAUUUGGUCGUCAGGCGCUUCGAGGAUUUUGGAAAGCGGAUCCCUAAGAAAUUUGGCCUCUCUCCGGACUCGUUUCUGCAGAUGGCCUUCCAACUGGCCUAUUAUAUGGUACGCUCUCCACCUCAUUCCAUCCCAUCCCAUCGCAACCCGAAACCUCACCAUCGGGUUCCUGUAGUACCUCAUAAUUGA